CUUGAACCGUCCCAAAUCCCUGUGACCCGGCAGGACUGAAACCCAAACCCAGCCCUGCGACGCCGAGCUGCGCAUUAACUCCGCCAGAGCUGGGAACAAAGGUUUGGGGGCUGGAUUGGGCUUUUUUUAAUUUAUUUGCAAAGCAAACCAGCUCAGCUGAGCGGAACAGGCGUCGGUGGAGGAGCGUGAGCUGCCGGGCGGUUGCUGGGCUAUAAAAUCCCAUCCCCACCAGCGCUGGCAGGGGGAUGUGCCGGCUCCCCGAGCUCUCGUAGCGUUUCCACGUUGGCCGGGAGAGGCUCUGAACAUGCGUGUUGCUCUCUGGAGGCUUUAAUCAAAUCCAGGCUUUACCAGAAAUCGCCUCGAAACUUCCAGCGAGCUGAGCAAACUGAAAGCAGCCGGUGCAAGGAGGCUCCCGGGCGGGUGUUUGGGGCUGGCAGGGAUGUUGCCUUCAGCAAGGGGAUAGUCCCGGUGAGGCAGCCGGGAUGAGAGCCUACCCAUGAGCUCAGACUUCCAGCAUUACAGUUUCAGGAUGCCAAACAUCGGGUUCCAGAACCUUCCUCUCAACAUAUACAUCGUGGUUUUCGGCACAGCCAUCUUCGUCUUCAUCCUCAGUUUGCUCUUCUGUUGCUACUUGAUCAGGCUCAGGCAUCAGGCACACAAAGAGCUUUACGCCUACAAACAGGUCAUACUCAAGGAGAAGGUGAAAGAGCUGAAUCUCCAUGAGAUCUGUGCCGUGUGCCUGGAGGAGUUCAAGCCCAAGGACGAGCUGGGGAUCUGUCCCUGCAAACAUGCCUUCCACAGGAAGUGCCUCAUCAAGUGGCUGGAGGUUCGGAAGGUGUGUCCCCUGUGUAACAUGCCGGUGCUGCAGCUGGCGCAGCUGCACGGGAAGCCGGACCCGGGCCCGCCGCAGGUGCCGCUGCCCGGCUCGCAGAACAUCGUAUAG